GAGGGCCGCGAUGGAGACCCGGUGUGUGGCCCGGCCUCCAGCUCCGGGGAGGAAGACGACGAGGACCGCGCCUGCGGCUUCUGCCCGCGGGCAGCGGGGCCCGAGCCCGAGAUGGAGGAGCUGGUGACCGUCGAGCCGGUGUGCGUGCGCGGAGGCCUCUACGAGGUGGACGUCACUCAAGGAGAGUGCUACCCGGUGUACUGGAACCAAGCUGAUAAAAUACCAGUAAUGCGUGGACAGUGGUUUAUUGAUGGGACUUGGCAGCCUCUAGAAGAAGAAGAAAGUAAUUUAAUUGAGCAAGAACAUCUCAAUUGUUUUAGAGGUCAGCAGAUGCAAGAAAACUUUGAUAUAGAAGUGUCAAAACCCAUAGAUGGAAAAGACGGCAGUGGGAUCAACUAUUCUGCUGUUCAUAGUUUCAAACUGAGUCGGAAUCAUGUGGACUGGCACAGCAUGGAUGAAGUGUAUCUCUACAGCGAUGCAACAACAUCCAAAAUAGCAAGAACCGUUACCCAAAAACUGGGAUUUUCUAAAGCCUCCAGUAGUGGGACCAGACUUCAUAGAGGUUACGUAGAAGAAGCCACGCUAGAAGACAAGCCCUCGCAGACUUCUCAUAUCGUGUUUGUUGUGCAUGGCAUCGGACAGAAGAUGGACCAAGGAAGAAUUAUAAAAAACACAGCCAUGAUGAGAGAGGCUGCAAGAAAAAUAGAAGAAAGGCAUUUUUCCAACCAUGCGACACAUGUUGAGUUCCUGCCUGUUGAGUGGCGGUCAAAGCUUACUCUUGAUGGAGACACUGUUGAUUCCAUUACUCCCGACAAAGUGCGAGGCUUGAGGGACAUGCUGAACAGCAGUGCGAUGGACAUAAUGUACUACACGAGCCCGCUUUACAGGGACGAGCUAGUUAAAGGCCUUCAGCAAGAGCUGAAUCGAUUAUAUUCCCUUUUCUGUUCUCGGAAUCCAGACUUUGAAGAAAAAGGGGGUAAAGUCUCAAUAGUAUCCCAUUCCUUGGGGUGUGUAAUUACUUAUGACAUCAUGACGGGCUGGAACCCAGUUCGACUCUACGAGCAGCUGCUGCAGAAAGAAGAGGAGCUGCCUGACGAGCGGUGGAUGAGCUACGAAGAGCGGCAUCUUCUUGAUGAACUCUAUAUAACGAAGCGACGGCUAAGGGAAAUAGAAGAACGGCUGCAUGGAUUGAAGACGUCGUCCAUAACACAGACACCUGCCUUAAAAUUUAAGGUUGAGAAUUUCUUCUGUAUGGGAUCCCCACUAGCAGUUUUUUUGGCAUUGCGUGGCAUCAGACCAGGAAAUACUGGAAGUCAAGAUCACAUUUUACCUCGAGAGAUUUGUAACCGCUUACUAAAUAUUUUUCAUCCUACAGACCCAGUGGCCUACAGAUUAGAGCCAUUAAUUCUGAAGCACUACAGCAACAUUUCACCGGUCCAGAUCCACUGGUACAACACUUCAAAUCCUUUACCUUAUGAACAUAUGAAGCCAAACUUUCUCAACCCAGCAAAAGAACCUACCUCAGUCUCAGAGAGUGAAAACAUUGCAAAUAUCCCGAGCCCUGUGACCUCCCCGGUGCUGUCACGGCGCCACUAUGGAGAAUCUAUAACUAACAUUGGCAAAGCAAGCAUAUUGGGGGCUGCUAGCAUUGGAAAGGGGCUUGGAGGAAUGUUGUUCUCAAGAUUCGGACGUUCUUCAACAUCACAGCCAUCUGAGACAUCUAAAGACACAGUGGAAGAUGAGAAGAAGCCUGUCGCUUCGCCUGCUACCACCACCGUGGCGACACAGACCCUGCCACACAGCAGCUCGGGCUUCCUCGACUCUGCAUAUUUCAGACUUCAAGAAUCGUUCUUUUAUCUCCCACAACUUCUUUUUCCGGAAAAUGUAAUGCAGAGUAAAGAUGAUAGCCUCGUGGAACUGGAGCACAGAAUUGACUUUGAACUCCGAGAAGGCCUUGUGGAGAGCCGCUAUUGGUCAGCCGUCACGUCCCACACUGCCUACUGGUCAUCCUUGGAUGUUGCUCUUUUUCUUUUAACAUUCAUGUACAAGCACGAGCAUGGUAGCGACACAAAGCCCAGCCUAGAUCCAAUCUGAACUCUUGAAGGAUAUGAAUGGCCCAAGACUUUUUUUUUCUGUUAAACUGUGUCAAGAUAUGGAGAGUUUAAGGUUCCAGUUUAUUUUUAGGGCAAGAAAUACUUUAAUUUAAAAGCACUUUAUUUUCAAAAGAGAACAAAACCACAUUUUUAGUUCUAAAGAAAUUAUUUACUGUUUCUGUAAUUUUGAUUGUGAGUCUAGCAAAGCCCCUGCAAAGAAUCAGCAGGCGUGGGGGGGCGGGGGGCUCCGGUGAGCGGGAAAGCAGCCAUUGCAGUCUAGCUCUCCAGAAGGAGUCUAAUACAAUGUAUCGACCUAAAGAUGCUGUGACUCUAAGGUGGUCAGAGUUGAGUACAUUCUGUGUGAAGACUACAGGGUGGCAUCAAGGUGGCAUUUUGACUUUGUGAAGGCUUCCAUGUCCACAGUUACUUUGAAAGAAGAAUAUAACAAAUUUAAAAUGUUCUAAAUUUAACUUGUUUUUUAAAAAAUAACUAAUGCUAAAAAGCAAUAUUUGAACUACUGUACUUAUAAUUUAUUACCUCUAGUUAUUUCAGCAUAUGAAACAUUACCUUUUCAAUGUUUCUUUUGAGCCACAUUUAUUUUGUAUCGUGUUGAGGCCCUUCUCAGUCCGCCUUUGUACCUUUAGGUGACCAGAUGAUGCUGUGGCGUACUUCCAGGUUUGGGGGGGGCUUUUGUUUGUUUUUGUUUUGUUUUGUUUUAUUUUUCAUUAAAAACAUGGUUUUACACAGUA